AUGGGGGACAUUGACGGCAAAUUAAGAGCUGUCAAUGAAAAAAUCAAAAAGGAGGUGCAAAUGCGGCAAGCCGCCGAGAGGGUCAAAAAUCAAACUACCAAUCCUCAGGUUGUAGCGCAGUGUGAACAAAACAUUGUUGACGCCGCAAGGAAUAUAGAUUAUUUACAAAAAGAAUUAGAAAGGCUGCAAAUAAGGCAACGUAAUAGUUUACAAUAUCCUUCACAACCUGGCCAACAACCCUAUCAACAGACGUCUCCUGGUGGAAAUUUUUCACCAAUAUCACCACAUCAUUCUUAUUCUUAUCCACAACCAAACCAACAACUUAAUUAUUCUAAUGUACCAGCACGAAAUCCUUCUUUAGACCAAAAUUAUGAUUCAUCGAUACCGCCUGUACGGAGGAGUGGAUUAUCUAAUUUGGACCUUAUUAAAUCGGACGCCCCUUUUGCCCGCCAAAAAAUAUCACUGAAACUUCACGAACUCGAAUUCAAACUUGAUGUUGAACGAAGACUUAAGGAAGGUUCGGAGAGAAUGAGUGAGGCGGUUCUUUCGCAAGAUCCAAAGAAUAAAAAAGGCAUCGCAGAUGUUCAGAUUCAAACAUUGGAGAGUAAAGAAAAGAUUUCUUUAUUAACAAGAUCGUUACAAAAAUAUAGAUCAUUAUAUAUUGUAGAUGAAGAAGAAGACGAUGAAAUUUUACCACGGCAGCGUCGUCCUGUGACAGGAAAACUUGAUAUUCGUGUACGUAGUGCACAGCAUUUGGCACAUGCCCCCAUGCGCACGUCAAAAUCUCCAGAAACCACUGUCGUCAUUAAAAUUGAUGGUUCGACAAAAGGCAAGACAAAGACCUCGCGUAACGAUCGUUGGAAUGAAGAUUUCGAAAUUCAUGUAGAAAAAGCUAGUGAAAUUGAAAUUACAUUAUAUGAUAAACCUCAUGAACAUCCGCAACCUAUUGGUCUCUUGUGGAUUAAAAUUUCUGAUAUUGCUGAAGAACUUAGGAAAAAAAGGAUUGAGGCUGAAAGUGGUCCGGGUUGGGUUACUGCUUCUAAUGCUCAAUUUGAAAUGCAAUCUUCACCCACUUCUGCUAUGAACAAUAAUAAUGGACCACCAUAUAGCAUACCUUAUUCUUCUGCUCAACCUCAACAAGGUGCUGGAACAGCUAUUCUACCAGAUGGUAUUGAAGCAUGGUUUGACGUUGAACCAGUUGGUCAAAUAUUAUUAAAAUUAAACUUUGUGAAAGAGACUGCGAACAAGCGUCCAGAUGCUGGUCUUGGCCGUCAAGGGGCUUUCCGUAAACGCAAGGGAGAAGUGCAUAAACAGAAUGGACAUAAUUUCAUUCAACAAAUAUUCUAUCAAAUCAUGAAGUGCGCUUAUUGUGAAGAAUUAUUUGUGAACGAAGGAUAUCAAUGUGAUGAUUGUAAAUUGACUUGUCACAAGAGAUGCUACACUAAAUUAGUGACGAAAUGUAUCACCAUGUCACACGCGGAAAUGGAUUCUGACUACAAACAACUCAAUCAUCGCAUUCCACACCGUUUCGAACCUAUAACUAGUAUUAUUGCAAAUUGGUGCUGUCAUUGUGGUUAUAUUCUACCGUUAGGCAAGAAAGGGGCGAAGAAAUGUACUGAUGCACAUAGUGGUUUCCGAGGUCAAAUGCCGGUAAUAACAUCCCCUAUUCCAGAAAGGCCUUCUGGCCAACAGUCUGCAGUUUCAGUGCCUCCCCCUAAAGAUAAACCUGAUUCCGUAAUUAGUGCGACACAGAAAGUUGGAUUGGAUGAUUUUAAUUUCCUUGCAGUCUUGGGUAAAGGAAAUUUUGGCAAGGUCAUGCUUGCAGAAGAAAAAUAUACCAAAAAUCUGUAUGCUAUAAAAGUGUUGAAAAAAGAAUUUAUAAUUGAAAAUGAUGAAGUUGAAAGUACACGUUCCGAAAAGCGUGUUUUCCAAGCAGCUAAUCGCGAACGUCAUCCCUUUCUACUUGGCUUGCACUCUUGUUUCCAGACAGAAACCCGCAUUUACUUUGUUAUGGAGUACGUUAGCGGUGGUGAUCUGAUGUUGCAUAUUCAAAGAGAGCAAUUCACUUAUCGACGUGCGCAGUUCUACGCGGCCGAAGUUCUACUUGCUUUAGAAUAUUUACAUAAACAAGGCAUUAUAUACCGUGAUCUUAAACUCGAUAACAUAUUACUCACUCUUGAUGGACACAUCAAAAUUGCAGAUUAUGGUCUUUGUAAAGAAAAUAUGGGGCAUGGUGAUACGACAAACACAUUUUGUGGAACACCAGAAUUUAUGGCGCCCGAGAUACUUCUGGAACAACGAUAUGGUCGUGCGGUCGACUGGUGGGCCUUUGGUGUUUUGAUAUAUGAAAUGCUUCUUGGACAAUCGCCUUUCCGUGGCGACGAUGAAGAUGAAAUAUUUGAUGCAAUUCUAGAAGAUGAAAUUCUUUAUCCAAUAAAUAUGUCUAGAGAUUCAGUAUCAAUAUUGCAGAAGUUACUUACCCGUGAUCCAGAACGACGUCUUGGUUCAGGGAAAAGUGAUGCAGAAGAAAUCAAGCGUCAUCCUUUCUUCAAGGGUGUAAAUUGGGAUGACAUGCUUGCUAAGAAAGUGCCGCCACCUUUUUAUCCUACAAUUGCAUCUCCCACUGAUACUUCCAAUUUUGAUGAAGAAUUCACGAAAGAAGAGCCGGUUCUUACUCCUGUUAAUAGUAAACUAACUAUGGAAAAUCAAGAAGAAUUCACUAACUUCUCAUAUGUGUCAGAUUGGGUUUAUAAUGGGCAAAAACAAUAA